UCAGUUUUUAUUACAAAUUUAGUGAAAAAGUGACUAGAUUUCAAAUAUAAAAAUCAGGUUUCGUGCUUUAGUCAUUAAUAAGUUCAAAGUAAUUUAUAAAUUUCGUGUUGAGUCAUUAUUACAUGCUAGGUAAUAAACCCUGGUAACGGUUACUCUUUGAAUAAACCUUAAACCACAGUACGAAGCUGUGACUUCAUAAGACGGUCGUACAAGGCACAAAAUAAUGGAUAAAUUGAAAUAUUUUUGGUCCAAAACUAAUCGUUGGCAUCGCGUGAUAGCUCUGUUCGUACUUGUGGAAUUAAAAGUGAUACCCGGAGGUCAAUUAGGCUUCCAAUGCAAUGAUCCAGCACUCUCACACCCCUACACUGGAGAUACAAUUAGCUGGAAGUGGCUGAUGGGGAUUACUUUACUAUUGCCAUUGGUUAUUAUGUUAAUAGUUGAGAGACAAUGUAAUGGCAGUGAAAAGAAUGAUUUAAACAAGAAGAACGCAUUACGCUGGUACAAAGAGUAUGUAUAUGGAGUACUGAUCAAUUUGACAAUUGUACAGACUUUGAAAUUAAUUGUUGGCUCACCGAGACCUCACUUCUUUGAUACAUGCCAACCUGAAGAAGCAAUCACUUGUGUUGGGUCAGAUUAUAUAUCUAGUUAUACAUGUACGAAGGCGUAUUGGCUCAGCCAGUCUGAUAAGAGCUUUCCCUCCGGACACACUUCUCUAGGACUCCAUGCUGCAUUAUUUAUAGCGUAUUACCUACAUCGUCGUGGGGCAAGUGUUGGUAGAGGUGUGGUGGGUGGUGCACAGAUAGUGUGCGUGUUGUGUGCGGCGUGGUGCGGCGUGUCACGUGUCCAGGACAGAAGACAUCACUGGUGGGACGUGUUGGCUGGAGCGGUCAUAGCUGCACCUAUAUUGUUCUACACCAUAAAAUCACUUUGCAAAGAUUUCUCAUGUACCAACAUUACGAACGAAGUGAGACAAGAAGAAGCGAAACCUUUAGAUAAUAAUAGUCAAUAAUAACAGUAUUAUAUCAGUAUUAAAAGUACACAAUUAUUGUGGAGAUGGUAUCCUUUACUACUCGUGCGCCAUAACAUGAUACCCUAAACAAAUGACGUCAUUUUAACCAAAAAGUUUAAAUUGUACUUGUAUUAAUAUACCUUUUGUUUUCUUUUGAGAUUAGCAACAAUAAUAUAUGUUAAUAAAAAGGUCAAGGUAUUUGACAGUAAAUUCAUUAAAAUGUUAAUAAUUUUUUUUUUGAAUUACAGGAGAAAGCGAAAAAUUUAUCGUAUGUCAUGUUAUUGUGUACGCAUAGUAUUUAAUAUUUUACGUAUUUUUUAUAAUUCUGUAGCUUUUAUAAGUAUUAUUAAGAGGUGAUUUUUUUUUAAUUUAUUUGAAACGCUCGACGAUAAGAUCGUCUAUGACGCUUUUAAAAGGUUUUUCAUUAUUUUACAAUGUAGCUAUUUUU